CCCCACCACCACCACCACCACUAUCAUGACGCAUCCCUGGCGCCUGCUGCUGCUGCUGCUCCUUCUCCAGAUCCCCGGGCUUUGCUGCCUCGGAGGCGGGGACCCGAGCAGCGCCAUGGAGGAGAUCGCCACGGAGAAAGAAGCGGAGGAGAGUCACCGGCAGGACAGCGUGAGCCUCCUCACCUUCAUCCUCCUCCUGACCCUCACCAUCCUCACCAUUUGGCUUUUCAAGCAUCGCCGGGUCCGCUUCCUCCACGAGACCGGCCUGGCGAUGAUUUACGGACUGAUUGUUGGUGUGAUCUUGAGAUAUGGCAUACCUCCGACCAGCGGCCAUGACAAACCAUUCAGUUGCUCUCAAGAGGACCGGGCAUAUACAACUCUGUUGGUCAACAUCAGUGGGAAGUUUUUUGAAUAUACUUUAAAGGGAGAAAUAAGCCCUGGAAAAAUCUACAACGUGGAACAGAAUGAUAUGCUGCGAAAAGUAACCUUUGACCCAGAAGUAUUUUUCAACAUCCUUCUGCCUCCCAUUAUUUUUCAUGCUGGCUAUAGCUUGAAGAAGAGGCAUUUCUUCAGGAAUUUGGGGUCUAUAUUGACAUAUGCUUUCCUGGGAACUGCAGUUUCGUGUUUCAUCAUUGGGAAUCUUAUGUAUGGUGUAGUAAAACUCAUGAAGUUGGUGGGACAACUCUCUGAUAAAUUCUAUUACACAGAUUGUCUUUUCUUUGGAGCCAUUAUAUCUGCUACUGAUCCAGUCACUGUACUGGCGAUCUUUAAUGAGCUUCAUGCUGAUGUUGAUCUUUACGCACUGCUGUUUGGAGAGAGUGUUCUAAAUGAUGCUGUUGCAAUUGUACUAUCUUCUUCUAUUGUAGCAUAUCAGCCCACAGGAGGAAACAUCCACGCUUUUGAUGCUGCAGCCUUUUUUAAAUCUAUUGGCAUCUUCCUUGGAAUCUUCAGUGGGUCUUUCAUGAUGGGAGUGGUGACAGGGAUUGUGACCGCUUUGGUAACAAAGUUUACCAAACUGCACUGCUUUCCUUUGCUGGAGACAGCCCUCUUUUUCCUGAUGUCUUGGAGUACAUUCUUGUUGGCUGAAGCCUGUGGUUUUACAGGUGUGGUAUCUGUUCUAUUUUGUGGCAUCACACAAGCUCACUACACCUUCAACAAUCUGUCAGUUGAGUCGAGGAGCCGAACCAAGCAGCUCUUUGAAGUUCUGCACUUCCUGGCUGAGAACUUCAUCUUUUCCUACAUGGGCUUAGCCCUGUUUACUUUCCAAAAGCAUGUAUUCAGCCCUAUUUUUAUCAUUGGAGCUUUUAUAGCAGUAUUCCUGGGACGCGCAGCACACAUCUAUCCACUGUCUUUCUUCUUGAAUUUGGGGAGAAGACACAAGAUCAGCUGGAAUUUUCAGCACAUGAUGAUGUUUUCAGGGCUUAGAGGAGCCAUGGCAUUUGCUCUAGCCAUACGAGACACUGCAACUUAUGCUCACCAGAUGAUGUUCUCCACAACACUCCUUAUUGUCUUCUUCACUGUUUGGAUCAUUGGUGGCGGCACAACCCCCAUGCUGUCCUGGCUAAAUAUAAGAGUUGGCGAACAUAUUCCAUCGGUGGAAGAGAUGAAUGAAAGCCGCUGGCUGUACUUCAGAGUUGGAGUUGAUCCAGAUCAAGACCCGCCACCCACGAAUGACAGCUUCCAAGUCUUACAAGGGGAUGGUCCAGAUGUUGAACGAAGGAACCGGACAAAGCUGGAAAGUGUUUGGAUCUUCAGGUUGUGGUACAGCUUUGACCACAACUACCUCAAGCCCAUUCUCACACACAGCGGCCCUCCGCUAACAACAACUCUUCCGAGUUGGUGUGGAUUGAUAGCACGUUGCUUGACGACUCCUCAGGUUUAUGAGAACCAGGAGCAGCUUCGAGAAGAAGAUUCAGACUUUAUCCUGAAUGACAGUGACCUGACGUUGACGUAUGGAGAUGCUACCAUAACUGCGAAUGGAUCUUCUGGUUCCCAUACCGCUGUUAGCAGCCUUGAUGGCAGGAAGAUGAAAAGUACUUCUGAAGAGGCCUUGGAACGGGAUCUGGGAACAGAAGCACCCGAGGUGAUGAGCAGAGGCACUCGGCUAGUAUUUCCACUGGAUGAAUGAUGACUGGUGAGGAGAAAACUCACCAACGUCAAGGAAUCCAAGACAUCUUGUAGGACCCAGUGUCAGUGGAAGAGCUUCAUGAAUUAAUGUCCUUUGUACAAGUGGUUUUCUUACGGUCCGAAGAUGCUCUCCCUCCCUAUUCCAAUGUUUUUUUAAUUGUUCAGAUCGCUGACAAUAUUUAAACUUAAACAAGAAUUGGUCAGUCUCUUGCUUUUAAAAUUGAAACAACAACAACACAAAGUUGAAAUUAAAGGCAACUUGUAAUCAUCUCAUUCCUCUGCUCCACUCAGCUUCCUAGAGGGAGGGUGAUAUUAAUGGCUGAAGCAAUUAACAGAAGUUAUUCAAAUAAUUCUGAGUCACCAAAAACUUUGCAGCCAGGAAAUGCAGGAGAGAAUUCUGUUAAUCACUGUUAAUCAGCAGUUACAAAGGUGCAAUGUUUAAUUUAUACUUGAAUAAUGUAGGUACAGAAGAGGGCAUCAUCUUCAGUGACCACAGUAACAAAAACAUUGUUUCUUGGGAUUUGUUGUUUUCAAAAAGCUCCAUGUCAUUUCAAGGGGUAUAAAAAGAAAUCAUACUGUUAAAGUUUGGUAUUAAUUUAUUCUGUGUCUGAUAAAGAUGGAAGCAGUGUGGGUGUAUGUGUGUGUCUCUUAUCUCUGGAUAAUUCGUUGAGAGUUUCUGUGAGUCUACCGGCUGCACCACAAAGUCCCUCCGUCCGUCUGCCAUUCAAAUGGUUAUUUCUUGCCUCAUGCCUUUAAUGCCAAUCUAGUUACAUAGCUAAAUUUGUAAGAUGUGGAGGAAAUAACCAGUCAACAAUCAUGGGCAGUGUCCUUCCUCUACUACAGUGGUGAAAAGAGUGUUGAAUGAAUGCAGCUCCAAAUUUGUACACAACUGGCCGAAUAAGAACUGAUGGAAUCUUGUUUCAGAUUCUGACAGUAUCUGGAUUCAAAUUCUUUGAUCAGUUCUUUAUCUGAUGCUUGUGUUUCUCUUAACUUUGUUAGAAUGUGUGUGUGUGUGUGUGUGUGUGAGAGAGAGAGAGAGAGAGAGAGAGAGAGAGAGAGAGAGAGUGUUAGUGGCAUAUUGCACUAUUACCUUGUUAUUAUAAAAUGGUGCAGUGCCUUUAAUAAAGAGUGUUAUGUUACAAUCUGAAAAGGGAAGACUUUGUUCAGGGCAGAAACAGGAAACCUGUGGCCCUCUAAUAUUGUUUGGCUCUAGUUCUCAGCAACUUUCCUGGUGGGGAUGAUGGGAAUGGAUGUUUAUUCAUUUCUAGAUGGCUAUAGCCUCCCCAUAUCUGGGUUAGAAUCCAGGGAUGCUCUUUACAAAUAGGAUGUUUGUACUCCUAAUUGUGAAUGAAUAACCUCUGUAAUGCAAUGAUGCAAUUAGGUAGUUCAGUACUGCUUUCCUCAGUGGAAGUUUUUAGCUGCCAUAAAAGCAGGGGUUUUUUUAAAAAAAGUAAUGUUUCAUGGGUGAUUUGUGGGUUUGGUUCUGUUUUUAACUGACAGGCCUUUAAUUUAAAUGAGACAUCCUUAGGGAAAUAAAAAUGUUCUCUCAUCCUCUUUUUCUCCUACCGCGAUAAUGACCAUUUUUAUUUACUAUUUUAUUUUUCUCUCAUUUGUGAAACAGAAAGUAAAUUUGAACCAAUGUAAAUAAUAAAGUCCGUAACUUCCUCCUCUG